UUCAUGGCAGUGCGGGACGAUUUCUACAGCUCUGCAUUGCACAAUCCUUAUCAUUGUGUAUCUCUGUACAGAAAGCCACACUGAUGGCCAACAGCCCCAGCAGCUGCCAGAUGUUCUGCAAAGAAACUCCUCGCAGUCUGGAGCAGCAGCUGCAGGAGCACAGGCUGCAACAGAAACGUCUGUAUCUUCAGAAACAAUCCCAAAUGCAGACCUACUUUAACCAGAUGCACAUUGUGGAGGACCCUUACGCUCCCUGUGCAACCAUGGGCCACCAGGACUCCGGAGCCCCACCUCAGCCCCAGGGUUCGAUAGCACCAGCACAUCAGCAGAGUUCCCAGGCCUCACCUCAGUUUGCACAUGCACAGCCUCUCGGCCACCUAAUGGAGCCCAACCCAGAAUCCCUGCCGUAUGAACCCUACCUGGGCCAUUAUGCUCAGAUGCAGCCUCUAUCACAAAGCUUCUCCGCUCCGCUGCAGCCCCAACAGCCCAAACCCCUCAACUACACAUACCCAGCCUGCGAUCCAAGCCACUCCGCCUCAGGAGAAGCACUGUACCCGGAGCAAUAUGACUAUCCGCUUGAUCCCGGGCAGCUUGCUCCACCUGCAGAGGGCGGAGCGGCUGGGUACGAUGGGUUGGCAUUGGCCAACCCAUUUCUGGACAGCGAAAUGAUGGAGACGGUGGACUCCCAGCAUGGUUUUGUGCUGGUGAACUAAGCCGAGACUCGAAUAACCAGUAUUACCUUGAUUUCU